GUGCUGGCCGUGGCCGCCGGGCGGCUAGCCCCGUGCUGGCCGUGGCCGCCGGCGGCUACCGCCCGUGCUGGCCAUGGCCGCCGGGCGGCUAGCCCCGUGCUGGCUCGGGUCUUCGGAUAACGAUCUUCGGUCUGAAGUUUGUACUUUGAGUUUUUCUCAAGUCCUCGCAGGACGAAUCAUCGAGAUUCCGUGUACGAAACUCCAGUCCUUACUCCAAUCAAAGACCGUCGGAAACACUUCGGAAACUCGUAAGGUAUCAACCGGAAGGAAGAUCUUAAAUUCUUCGUACGAAACAGCGAUGGUUAUCUUAAGACACCACUCGUCUCAACUCUACGAAUGAAUGAAGAACUUCCGGAGAGAUCGUAGAAAACCACGGAAGUCCUGGAAACGGCCCGAAAGGGACUAAACACGAUCGGACAGUCCGUUUACGAUUAUCUGAGAUAGAUACGACGAUUUACGUUUAUCUUUGCAUAGCGAGAUAAAUGCUAAAUUUCCGGAAGGAUAAAUGUCAAGUUUCCCGAAGAUAAAUGUCAAGUUUCCCGAUGAAAGCCGACGAAAAUGGAAAGAAGCCCGCCUUGCGGCCCAGGAGGAGAAUAGACCGUCAUAAGAAGGAGUAUAUAAAGGAGCUUUGGGAGAGGAAGAAAGGCAGAGCGAAAAUCAUUAAGAGAGAGAGAAAUCCGAGAUUGGAGACCUAGAAAGCUCCUGUUAGGUUAAGAACUUAGAAUUUAGGCGGUAGACUAGCAAGGUAGGACCUAGAACGUCCGGCCGCCUCUCGUUCUAUUUUCAUCUUGUCCGCAGGCUCCUGUCUCUCUCGGAAGGAUCUAACAAUCCUUUUACUUAGAGUUCCGCUCAUAGAAACCCUAGGCGUUAUUCUCGACACGCCCGUUUCUAUGACAAACGCUCAUACUAGACGAACUCCGCCAGGCAGUUCGAUCUCUUGUUCAAAUCUUUCCAACUGAACUACGUCCGACUUGAUCCUCGAAAGGGGUACGUAGGCAGCCUUUCUCAAGGUCCAGUCCCAACUCUUAACAAAACCCUUGUUGUACAUAGAGUUCCGCACAUAGAAACCCUAGGCAUUAUUCUCGACAUGCCCGUUUCUAUGACUAACGCUCGUACUAGACGAACUCCGCCAGGCAGUUCGAUCUCUUGUUCAAACAACUCCAACUGAACUACGUCCGACUUGAUCCUCGAAAGGGGUACGUAGGCAGCCUUCCUUAAGGUCCAGUCUCAAAUCUUAAUAAAACAUUUCCGCAUUUAUUUGAUCACUUGUCGUUGGUUGUCGCAGAGAAUCCGGACCUUCAGGGAAAGUUAGGUUUACUUAGCUUUCCUCCGAUUUACUUACUUAAAAUCGACAGUGCGAAUUUCGGUUCCCACAAAGUAGACGUUUGGUAAGCUGUUAAAUAUGGCAUAAUGUCUUGGUAUGGAUCCUAAUUUCUCUACAAAAAAGACAAAAGAAAAAUAAUUAAACUAAGUGCAAGUCCUAAUCACCUUAGGCUAAUCUUAAAACCACCAUCACUCGCAAUAAAGCGCGUGAAAGCUUAAAGAGUCUCUUAAGUUUCUCACCUACUUAGUAAGAGAAGGAGAAGAGAUAAUAUCAUCAGGCAACACGGAAACGUCCCGGAAACUUCUUUCCUUUCACGCGUUUCAGUUCUCUUUAUAUUAACUCUCCUUCCUUCCCCUCGUCAAUUCACCAAACAUCCUCUCAAAUUCGCUUCUAGUGUUUCCCUAAAUUCUAAAACUUUCUCUCCAAUUUCGACUUCUUGAAACCAUGGUUCGUUGUAGCAACAACCUCGUAGGUAUACUCAACUUCAUCGUCUUCCUCCUCUCUAUUCCCAUCUUAGCUGGAGGAAUCUGGCUCAGCCAAAACGGCUCAACGGAGUGUGAGCGUUUCCUGGACAAACCCGUGAUCGCUCUCGGAGUUUUCCUCAUGGUUGUAGCAAUCGCUGGUUUGAUUGGUUCCUGUUGCAGAGUUACAUGGCUUCUCUGGACUUACCUCUUUGUCAUGUUCCUCUUGAUUCUCCUCGUCUUCUCCGUAACGGUUUUCGCCUUUGUCGUUACUAACAAAGGCGCAGGCGAGAAGGUUUCUGGGAGAGGGUAUAAAGAGUAUAGACUUGGAGAUUACUCUAACUGGUUGCAGAAACGUGUGGACAGCGACAAGAACUGGAAUAAGAUUAGGAGUUGUCUCGUUGACAGCAAGGUUUGUUCUAAGCUUGAAGCUAAGCUUGUUAAUGUUCCUGUCACCAACUUCUACAACGAACAUCUUACUGCCCUUCAGUCUGGUUGCUGCAAACCCUCGGAACAAUGCCAAUUUACUUACAUAAGUGCCACAAACUGGACCAAGACGGCUGGACCACAUGCUAAUCCAGACUGCCAAAGCUGGGACAACGCACCAAACAAGCUCUGCUUCGAUUGCCAAUCUUGCAAGGCGGGUCUUCUCGACAACGUCAAGAGCGCAUGGAAGAAAGUUGCAGUAGUGAACAUCAUCGUCCUUGUCUUCCUUAUCAUUGUCUACUCUGUUGGUUGCUGUGCUUUUAGGAACAACAAGAGAGAUGACAGUUAUGGCUAUGGAUAUAAGCCUUGAAGGCUUUUGAGUGUUUUAGAACAGAGAUUCGUUCAUUGUUCUUUAUGACACGCAGUGCUGGAGUUUGCUUUUAUGUUUUUAUGGAUUUAACAUCUUGGUGUUUUGAGACCUAUUGCUUGUACAGCUCUCUUAUGAUACUUGUUAGUGUGUUCUGGCUAAACCAUGAUAUUGUUUAAUUAUAUGUUCUUUUUCUCA